AUGGGAGCCGCGUGGCUGGCCAGGUUCCUGCUGGGAUGUGCCGCUCUCAUGUGCUACAAAGAGGGCGUGAAGAGCCAGCACGACAGUGAGCUCCAGGCGGACAGAUUUGCAAGCUACGAAAGCAAGCAGCCACCCAGCCGAGUGAGGCGGAGGGGACAGGAUAAUCUGGCAGGGCCAAACGUUUGCGGGUCUCGGUUCCACUCCUACUGCUGUCCUGGGUGGAAGACUCUUCCUGGCGGGAACCAAUGCAUUGUCCCAAUUUGCCGGAACUCUUGCGGCGAGGGAUUCUGUUCGCGGCCAAACAUGUGUACCUGCUCCAAUGGGCAGCUGUCUCCAAACUGUGGCUCUGCAGGAGUCCAGUCUUGCAGCGUGAGAUGCAUGAAUGGCGGCAGUUGCAGUGAGGACUCGUGCAUGUGCCAGAAGGGAUACACGGGGACCUACUGUGGCCAGCCUGUCUGCGAGACCAGUUGCCAGAAUGGAGGCCGGUGCAUUGGACCAAAUCGGUGCGCAUGCAUCUACGGUUUCACAGGCCCGCAGUGUGAGAGAGAUUACCGCACCGGGCCCUGCUUUAGCCAGGUCAGCAACCAGAUGUGCCAGGGCCAACUGAGCGGCAUCGUCUGCACCAAGACCAUGUGCUGUGCCACCAUCGGGCGGGCAUGGGGCCACCCUUGUGAGAUGUGCCCUGCCCAGCCACACCCGUGCCGCCGGGGCUUCAUUCCCAACAUCCGCACGGGAGCUUGUCAAGAUGUGGAUGAAUGCCAGGCAAUCCCAGGCCUGUGCCAAGGAGGGAACUGCCUCAACACCGUGGGAUCCUACGAGUGCAAAUGCCCAGCCGGCCAUAAGCAGAGCGAGACCAGCCACAAAUGUGAAGAUGUGGAUGAGUGUACCAGUAUCUCCAGCGUGUGCGAUGGUGGUGAGUGCACCAACACGGCUGGCAGUUACGUCUGUGCCUGCCCACGAGGCUUCAUGACCAGUCCGGAUGGAUCCCGCUGUGUGGACCAACGGAUUGGCACAUGUUUCUCCGCACUGAUUGGUGGACGUUGCGCAGGGGAGUUGCCAGGACAGUAUACCAAGAUGCAGUGCUGUUGUGACUCUGGGCGUUGCUGGGCUGUUGGACAGACGCCGGAAAUGUGCCCUGUGAGAGGAUCAGACGAAUACCGGCGGCUGUGUAUUGAGGGCCUCCCAGUGGUUCCGGGUUUCCCAGGCACCUUCCCAGGGGUCCCAGGUUAUGGGCCAAAUGGAGUCGGUCCAGGCAUCAGUGGCCCAGGAAGCUUCGGGCCCAACGGAGCCAACGGUCAAGGGGGUAUCCCCGGUCUCCCUGGCAUGGGACCUGGCAGCUCAAGCAUCGGAACGGCCACCCUGAACCAGACAAUCGACAUUUGCAAGCAUUUCACCAACCUCUGCUUGAAUGGACGCUGCAUCCCCACGCCGUCCAGCUAUCGCUGCGAGUGCAACAUGGGCUACAAGCAGGAUGUGCGUGGCGAGUGCAUUGACAUGGAUGAGUGUUCCAGUAGCCCCUGUCUGCACGGCGACUGUGUGAACACCCCUGGCUCGUACCACUGCAAGUGCCACGAGGGAUUUCAGAGCACACCCACCAAACAGGCCUGUAUCGCUGAAUUUCAAGCCCUUUGCAGCAGUGGGAUUGGCAUCACAGCUGACGGCAGAGAUAUCAACGAAUGUGCCUUGAACCCGGACAUCUGUCCCAACGGGAUGUGUGAGAACCUGCGAGGGAGUUACCGCUGCAUCUGUAACUUGGGCUACGAGUCCGACCCAACUGGCAAGAACUGUGUGGAUGUGGAUGAAUGUGCCGUCAACCGCCUGUUGUGUGACAACGGUUUGUGUCGCAACACGCCUGGAAGCUACAGCUGUAGCUGCCCUAAGGGGUUUGUCUUCCGGACAGAGACGGAUACCUGUGAAGAUAUCAACGAGUGUACAUCCAACCCCUGUGUGAAUGGCGUCUGCAGGAAUAAUGCUGGAUCGUUUGCCUGCGAGUGCUCCCCGGGAAGCAAACUGGAUUCCAGUGGCACCAUCUGUGUUGACAGUAUGAAAGGAACCUGUUGGCUGAACAUCCAGGAAGGACGGUGCGAGGUGAACAUCAACGGGGCCACGCUGAAGUCGGAGUGUUGCGCCACCCUCGGUGCCGCAUGGGGCAGCCCGUGUGAGCGCUGUGAGAUUGAUACCGCCUGCCCAAGAGGUUAUGCCCGGAUGAAGGGGGUCUCCUGUGAAGACGUGAACGAAUGUGAUGUUUUCCCGGGUGUCUGCCCCAAUGGCCGUUGCGUGAACACAGCCGGGUCUUUCCGUUGCGAGUGUCCCGAGGGCUUGACGCUGGACGGUUCUGGCAGGAUGUGUGUGGACGUGCGGCUGGAGCAGUGCUACAUGAAAUGGGCUGAGGAUGAGUGCACGGAGCCCCUCCCCGGCAAAUACCGCAUCGAUCUGUGCUGCUGCUCCGUCGGCUCGGCCUGGGGCAGCGACUGCGAGGAAUGCCCCAAGCCCGGCUCCGCAGAAUACAAGGCCAUCUGCCCACGAGGACCUGGCUUUGCCAACAGGGGGGACGUCCUGUCUGGCCGACCUUUUUAUAAAGAUGUGAACGAAUGUAAGGUGUUCUCGGGACUGUGUACUCACGGAGUCUGUCGCAACACAAUCGGGAGCUUCCGAUGUCUCUGUGGCAGUGGCUUCGCACUGGACGCCGAGGAAAGGAACUGCACUGAUAUCGACGAAUGCCGGAUCUCACCAGACUUGUGUGGCCACGGCUCCUGCAUCAACACGCCUGGAAGUUUUGAGUGUGAAUGUUUUGAAGGCUAUGAGAGUGGAUUUAUGAUGAUGAAGAACUGCAUGGAUAUUGAUGAAUGCGAGAGAGACCCCUUGCUCUGCCGGGGAGGGGUCUGUGUCAACACCGAGGGCAGUUUUGAGUGUCUUUGUCCCCCAGGACAUGAGCUCACUUCUGAGGGGAAUGCCUGUGUCGAUAUCAACGAAUGCUCCCUCAGCAGCAAUCUGUGCCGUAACGGCCGCUGUGUCAACAUCAUCGGAACCUACCAGUGUGCAUGCGAUUCUGGGUUCCAGGCCACACCGGACCGGCAAGGCUGUGUUGAUAUCGACGAGUGUACCAUCAUGAAUGGUGGCUGCGAUACCCACUGCGCCAACUCAGAGGGUAGCUACGAGUGUAGUUGUAGUGAGGGGUACGCCCUCAUGCCUGAUAAAAGGUCAUGCACAGAUAUCGACGAGUGUGAGGAUAACCCGGAUAUCUGCGACGGAGGCCAGUGUACCAACAUCCCAGGGGAAUAUCGGUGCCUCUGCUUUGAUGGAUUCAUGGCUUCCCUGGACAUGAAGACAUGUAUUGACGUGAAUGAGUGUGACUUGAACCCCAACAUCUGUUUGCACGGGGACUGCGAAAACACCAAAGGGUCUUUCAUCUGCCACUGCCAGCUUGGUUACUUCGUCAAGAAGGGGACAACCGGCUGUACAGAUAUCGAUGAGUGCGAGAUCGGGGCACACAACUGUGACAUGCACGCUUCCUGUAUCAACAUCCCCGGGAGUUUCCGGUGCAAGUGUCGGACCGGAUGGCUGGGCGAAGGCCUCAAGUGCAACGACCUGGACGAGUGUGCCACGGAAGCACAUAGCUGCAACUUGAAUGCCAAUUGCCUGAACACUCCAGGAUCAUACCGCUGUGCCUGCCGGGAAGGUUUCAACGGAGAUGGGUUCUCCUGCUCAGAUGUGGACGAAUGCGCAGACAACAUCAACCUCUGCGAAAAUGGGCAGUGUCUCAAUGCCCCUGGCGGCUACCGUUGCGAGUGCGAAAUGGGCUUCAAUCCCACAGAGGACAGCAAGGCCUGCCAAGAUAUCGACGAGUGCACCUUCCAGAACAUCUGCGUGUUCGGCACCUGCCAGAACCUGCCGGGCAUGUUCCGUUGUGCCUGUGAUGAUGGGUACGAGCUGGACAGGAGUGGAGGCAACUGUACAGACAUCAACGAGUGUGCGGAUCCAGUGAACUGCAUCAACGGACUUUGCGUCAACACCCCAGGCAGCUAUUUGUGCAACUGCCCCCAAGACUUUGAGCUGAACCCCACUGGAGUGGGGUGCGUAGACACCCGCGUUGGAAAUUGUUUCCUGGAUACUCAAGACCGAGGCGACGGCGGGAUCUCAUGCAGCGCAGAAAUCGGAGUGGGGGUCACCCGGGCAUCUUGCUGCUGUUCGCUGGGCCGGGCAUGGGGUAACCCUUGUGAGCUUUGCCCCCCUGCCAACACCACGGAGUACAAGACCCUGUGUCCAGGCGGUGAAGGGUUCCGGCCCAACCCCAUCACGGUCAUUUUGGAAGACAUUGACGAGUGCCAAGAGCUGCCAGGCCUCUGCCAAGGCGGGAAUUGUGUCAAUACCUUUGGGAGCUUCCAGUGUGAAUGUCCCCUGGGCUACUACCUUAAUGAGGACACUCGGAUUUGUGAAGAUAUUGAUGAAUGCUCGGCGCACAUAGGAAUCUGCGGUCCGGGGACCUGCUAUAAUACCUUGGGGAACUACACCUGCGUCUGCCCUCCAGAAUACAUGCAAGUGAACGGAGGGAACAACUGUAUGGACAUGCGGAAGAGCCUCUGCUACCGCAACUUCAAUGACACCUGCGAGAACGAACUUUCGUUCAACAUGACCAAGAAGAUGUGCUGUUGCUCCUACAACAUUGGGAAAGCGUGGAAUAAACCUUGCGAGCCCUGCCCCACCCCCGCCAGCCCUGAGUACCAGAUCCUCUGUGGCAACCAGGCACCUGGAUUCAUCAUUGAUAUCCACACUGGAAAACCAAUUGAUAUUGAUGAAUGCAGCGAGAUCCCGGCCAUCUGCACCAACGGGGUUUGCAUCAACCAGAUUGGCAGCUUCCGUUGCGAGUGCCCCAUCGGAUUCAGUUACAACAACAUUCUGCUGAUCUGUGAAGACAUUGAUGAGUGCAGCAGUGGAGAAAACCUGUGUCAGCGCAAUGCCGAUUGCCUGAACAUCCCAGGCAGUUACAGGUGCGAAUGUUCCUCUGGAUACAAGCUGUCGCCCAGUGGAGCAUGUGUAGGCCGUAAUGAAUGCCAAGAGAUCCCCAACGUCUGCAGUCACGGGGACUGCGUUGACACAGAAGGAAGCUACCUUUGCAUCUGCUACAACGGGUUCAAGGCCACCGGGGAUCUGACCAUGUGCAUGGACAUCGACGAGUGCGACCGCCAGCCCUGUGGGAAUGGCACGUGCAAGAAUACAGUGGGGUCCUACAACUGCCUCUGCUUCCCUGGCUUUGAGCUGACCCACAACAAUGACUGCAUGGAUAUCGACGAAUGCUCUUCUCUAGCUGGGCAGGUUUGCCGAAACGGACAGUGUAUCAACAAUAUCGGCUCCUUCCGGUGCCUCUGCCAGGAAGGCUACGACCACACAGCAGAUGGCAAGAACUGUGUCGAUAUCAACGAAUGUGUUAGCCUCCCAGGAACAUGUUCUCCGGGCACCUGCCAGAACCUGGAAGGCUCCUUCCGUUGCAUCUGCCCCCCAGGCUAUGAGGUGCAGAAUGACAAUUGCAUUGAUAUCAACGAGUGUGCUGAGGAGCCCAACAUCUGCCUCUUUGGGACCUGCACCAACACGCCAGGAACGUUCCAGUGUAUCUGCCCACCGGGCUUCGUGUUGUCUGACAACGGUCGGCGUUGCUUUGACACACGCCAAAGCUUCUGCUUCACUCGCUUUGACGCUGGGAAGUGCUCCGUCCCCAAGGCCUUCAACACUACCAAAGCCCGAUGCUGUUGCAGCAAAAUGCCCGGGGAAGGCUGGGGUGACCCCUGCGAGCUGUGCCCACAGGAGGGCAAUGUUGCUUUCCAGGAACUGUGCCCGUACGGCCAUGGAGCCAUUCCUGGACCAGGAGAUACCCGGGAAGAUGUGAAUGAAUGUUCCGAGAAUCCUGGCAUUUGUGUCAACGGGGCUUGCAUCAACACAGAUGGGUCGUUCCGAUGCGAGUGUCCUUUUGGGUACAACCUUGAUUACACUGGAGUGAAUUGCGUUGACACAGAUGAGUGCUCCAUCGGGAACCCGUGCGGAAAUGGAACGUGCACCAACGUGGUGGGGGGCUUCGAGUGUGUAUGCGAUGAGGGAUUUGAGCCGGGGCCCAUGAUGACAUGUGAAGAUAUCAACGAGUGUGCCCUGAACCCCUUGCUCUGUGCUUUCCGGUGCAUCAACACCCUUGGCUUCUAUGACUGCACCUGCCCAUCUGGAUACACCCUGCGAGACGACCGGAGAAUGUGCAAAGAUUUGGAUGAAUGCAUCGAGGGGAUGCACGACUGUGAAUCACAUGGGAUGAUGUGCAAGAAUCUAAUUGGAACUUUUGCUUGUAUCUGUCCACCUGGGAUGCAACGCAGGCCUGAUGGUGAAGGCUGCACAGAUGAGAACGAAUGCCGUACCAAGCCGGGUAUCUGCCCCAAUGGGCGCUGCGUGAACACUGUGGGCAGCUACCGCUGCGAUUGCAACGAAGGCUUCCAAACCAGCCCCUCUGGCACUGAGUGCCUUGAUACUCGCCAAGGAUUCUGCUUUACCGAAGUGCUCCAAACCAUGUGCCAGAUGUCUUCCACGAACCGCCACCAGGUCACCAAAUCAGAAUGCUGUUGUAAUGGAGGCCGUGGAUGGGGCCCCCAGUGCGAACUCUGCCCCUUUCCAGGCACUGCCCUCUACAAGAAAAUGUGCCCCCAUGGACCAGGCUACACAACUGACGGGAGAGAUAUUGAUGAAUGCAAGGUGCUCCCUGACCUCUGCAAGCACGGGCAGUGCAUCAACAGCAUGGGUUCUUUCCGCUGCCACUGCAGAGUGGGCUACGCCACAGACCUCACCGGCACAGCUUGCCAGGACCUUGAUGAGUGCAAUCAGUCCCCCAAGCCAUGUAAUUUCAUCUGCAAAAACACUGAAGGUAGUUUCCAGUGCUCCUGUCCCAGGGGAUAUAUCCUGCAGGAGGAUGGAAAGACUUGCAAAGACCUGGAUGAGUGCUCCACAAAACAACACAACUGCCAGUUCUUGUGCGUUAACGUCAUUGGGGGCUUCAAUUGCAAGUGUCCCCCUGGAUUCACCCAGCAUCAUUCUUCCUGUAUUGAUAACAACGAAUGCACAGCACAGCCCACCCUUUGUGGGGCUAAAGGACAAUGCCUGAACACUCCUGGGAGCUACAACUGUGAAUGCCAGAAAGGAUUUGCUCUUGACAGUUCCGGCAGCAGUUGUGAAGAUGUGGACGAGUGUGACGGGAACCACCGGUGCCAACACGGAUGCCAGAACGUGUUGGGGGGCUACCGCUGUGGCUGCCCCCAAGGGUACAUCCAGCACUACCAAUGGAACCAGUGUGUGGAUGAGAACGAGUGCUCCAGCUCGACAACCUGUGGCUCGGCCUCCUGCUACAACACCUUGGGGAGCUUCAAAUGCAUUUGCCCCUCCGGCUUCGACUUUGACCAGGCCUUUGGGGGCUGCCAAGAUGUGAACGAGUGCGCAGCAGGGGGCAGCCCCUGCAGCUAUGGGUGUUCCAACACAGAGGGAGGCUACCUGUGUGGCUGCCCCAGUGGGUACUUUCGGGCAGGACAAGGGCACUGCGUCUCUGGGCUGGGAUUCGGCAAAGAGGCCUACCUGCCUGCCCCUCUGGAGGAGGAUGAGGAGAACCUCUUGUCCCCCGAAGCUUGUUAUGAAUGCAAAGUCAACGGGUACCCCAAGAGAGGUCGUCACCGGCGUAGCAUCAAUGGCACCGACAGGCAACAGGAGCCAGGUGUCAGCUUGGCCAGCAUAGACGUGGAGACGCCCUUGGCCAUAGCACUGAACCUGUCCGAUCUCAGGAGAAAGGAGCAUAUCCUGGAACUUCUCCCUGCCGUGGCUUCCCUGGAGAACCGUGUUCGCUACGUCAUCUCCCGGGGGAACGAGGAUGGCUUCUUCCACAUCCAUCAGAAGGAAGGGCUCAGCUAUCUGCACCUGACUCACAAGCAGGCCUCUCCCGGUACCUACCUCUUGGAGAUUGUCAGCAUGCCGCUGUACCGCAAACGGGAACUGCAGAAACUGGAGGCCCUGAAAGAUCUCGACUACCUCGCUGGGGAGCUGGGCCAGGUGCUCAAGAUGAGGUUGCACCUCCACCUCUUCUAACUCCCCCCCCCCCAAGAGACGCCAACAAAACCAAGGGCUCAGGCUGCACACCGCCCCACACCAUCCUGU